CCGUCGUUUGGCACAGUCGCCCAUAUUACAUUUUUCGUCUCUGAAUCUUUUGAUGUAAACUUGAUAAGCGAUCAUAGUUUGACGUAAACAGUCAUGAAGACGAUAUUUGAAUACUCGGUUUGGGUGCUGGCCUUCGGCACCUCUCUAAGCCAUGCCACCGUCCUGCCCCGUCAACAGUCAUCAUGUACUGCUCCGGCGCAGAGAACGGAAUGGAGAUCUCUGCCCGUUGUGCAAAGGGAGGAGUAUAUAUCAGCCGUCCAGUGUCUCGCCAGCAAGCCCUCGAAACUAGGACUUAAUUCGACGUUAUACGACGACUUUCCUUACGUUCACAACCAACUUAACAGCCAGAUCCACUUUGUCGCGUCGUUCCUCCCCUGGCACCGCUGGUUCGUCCAUAUCUAUGAAACAGCCCUCCGUUCAGAAUGCGGCUACACAUCGCCCAUGCCUUUCUGGGACUGGACCCUAGAUGCGGGCCACAUGCGCGAUUCCCCCGUGCUCUCAAACUCAUCGACCUCGGGCUUCGGCGGCGACGGAUCGGGUGGCUUUGUCUCGCCCUCGAGGCCCAAUCCGCUCACAUCAUGCAUCAGCACGGGCGCGUUCACUAACUUGACAGUUGCCUAUUACGCCGGCGAUGCGCGCCCGCACUGUAUCAACCGCGGAUUUACGGAUGGAUUCGAUGAGGAUCCGGAGAUGAACAAAGACAUGAUGGCGGCGUGGUAUACACCGGCUGCGAUCAAGAACUUGACGGAGUCUAAUCAUGAUUUUGAGAACUUCUGGGAUGCGUUGGAGAAUGGGCCGCAUGGGGCGAUUCAUAACGUGCUGGGCGGUGAUAUGGUCCCAGCGACUUCGCCGAACGACCCGCUGUUCAUCAUGCAUCAUUGCCAGAUUGAUCGGCUUUGGUGGCUUUGGCAACAGGAAGAUGCGAGUGUACGGAAUCGUGAUUACAGUGGCAGGAAGAACCAGGAACCUGAUGAGACGCCCGCGGCGUUGGGGGACAGCCUGCAGUUUCUGGGAUUAGGGACUGACGUGACGGUAGAGUCUGUUAUGACAACUGAAACGGAUAGCCUGUGUUACAAAUAUUAGGAUACCGGAAAUGCUCCUAUCCGGUAUAUUAGCUAGAUGAGAGAAAAUCCGAGAACGCAGCCAUAAAGCACACAUAUAAUGAACGGCGAUGUGACUUAAAUUCUAUGUAAGCAGGAGAGUGAUAAAAAA